AUGAGCAUCAACUCUUCUGCAGGAAAUGGUGUGGGAAACGAAACUGCUGAAAAUGGGGCUACUAUAGUAGCCGAAUCCAUAGCUAUAAUCAUCAUUGACAUUCUGAUAUGUCUGGGCAACCUGGUCAUCGUGAUCACAUUGUACAAGAAGUCAUAUUUGCUUUCCCUCAGCAACAAGUUCGUAUUUAGCCUGACGUUAUCCAAUCUGCUGCUGUCCAUUCUGGUGCUUCCAUUUGUUGUUGUCAGCUCAAUAUUGAGAGAAUGGAUAUUUGGAGUAGUGUGGUGCAAUUUCUCAGCCCUUCUUUAUAUGCUGAUCAGCUCUGCCAGUAUGCUUACUUUGGGCAUUAUAGCAAUAGACAGGUAUUAUGCUGUUCUUUACCCAAUGGUAUAUCCUAUGAAGAUCACAGGCAAUCGUGCAGUGCUGGCUAUAGCAUAUGUUUGGCUCCAUUCUCUCAUAGGAUGUCUUCCACCCCUCUUUGGUUGGUCCUCGCUGGAGUUUGAUAACUUCAAGUGGAUGUGUGUAGCUGCAUGGCACAAGGAGGCUGGCUAUACUGCCUUUUGGCAGAUUUGGUGUGCUUUACUGCCUCUCGUCACAAUGAUGAUUUGCUACGGCUUUAUAUUUCGAGUUGCUCGAAUAAAAGCGAGAAAGAUCCACUGUGGAACUGUCAUUAUUGUUCAAGAAGCUCCUCAGAAGAAUGGGAGAAAGAAUUCCAGUACUUCUACAUCUUCGUCAGGGAGCAGGAGAAAUGGGUUUUCAAGUAUUGUCUAUUCAGCCAACCAGUGUAAAGCUUUUAUAACAAUAUUAGUUGUUAUUGGUGCUUUCGUGCUUACCUGGGGGCCUUAUAUGAUUGUCAUAAGCACUGAGGCCUUAUGGGGGAAAAACAGUGUUUCUCCAGUAAUUGAGACAUUAGCUACUUGGCUAUCAUUCACAAGUGCAAUUUGUCAUCCACUUAUUUAUGGACUUUGGAAUAAGACUGUGCGCAAGGAGCUUCUAAGCAUGUGUUUUGGCAACAAGUACAGAGAUCCAUUUCAUCAGCAGCAUAGGACUUCACGAAUGUUUAGCAUUUCCAAUAGGAUAACAGAUCUUGGGUUAUCCCCACAUCUGACUGCGCUGAUGGCCAGUGGGAAGGACUCGGAUCACCAGAGCACUACAACAAAUACCGGUGUCAGCUAUUCAAACGAUUCUGGUACUGAUGUAAUGCUGCUUGAUGACCACAGCUCUGAUAGUGCUCAGCACCCACGUCUUCUCUAUUCGAGAAGGAAAAGUUCUGUUACAUUUGAAGAUGAAGUGGAGCCAAAGAAUGAUGUCAACAAAUCAUCAGCAGAGGAAAACCCUUCCAGCUUAUCUUUGGAAUCCUAUGCCUUCAACUUGGCCAAGGCAAUAGAGAUGGAUGCAAAAAUGUGCUUGUUUGGAGAAGAAUCAUCGAGCACAGCCCCUGCGCCAUCCGUUGCAGGGAAUUCCGGUACAAGCCGAGGUGGCAGGGGUCAUUUAAUCCAAAAGCAGAGAAUUGUCCUGCAGAGUAUUGAUGAAGGACCCAUUUGA